GCUCAUCCUGGCUGAGCCGAACCAGUCAGUCCGUAGCACACCACAGACCACACUCGCUCCGUGCUCCCUCUCUCCAAUCUCAAAACUUUUCCCCACCCGAAACCCUCGCCCGCGGCCGCACCAUGCCGCCGCCGCCGCCGGUGCUGAUGGAAGAGCUCCUCGAGGAGGUCUUCUUCCGCCUUCCGCCGGACGAGCCCGCCUGGCUCGUCCGCGCCUCCGUCGCCUGCAAGCCAUGGCGCCGCAUCCUCGCCGACCGGGGCUUUCGCCGUCGCUACCGCGAGUUCCACCGGACACCUCCCGUCCUGGGAUUCUUCGAAAAGGGCGGCGCCCGCCUCGUCCCCGUCGCCUCCCUCUUCCCUGCCCAGGCCGACCAUCCCGACUGGCAUGUCAUGGACUGCCGCCACGGCCGCGCCCUCUUAGCCUACAUCGGGAAGACCGAUGACCUCAUCGUGUUGGACCCCAUGACGGGCCACCAGCGCCGCGUGCCCUCGCCUUCGAACAAUCUGAUCGGCUUCACUGCGGCGGUGCUCUGCGCCGCACAAGGCUGCGACCACCACGGUUGCCAAGACGGGCAUUUCCUUGUGGCCGUUGUGUGCCCCAAGAAGCUUGAGGAAAUCACAUUGGGCUGGCUGUACUCAUCUGAGACUGACCUCUGGACGGAGUUCGCCUCUGUUCAUCGCCCCAAUGCCAAUUAUUUCUCUAACAUGGAUGCGCCUGGCGUCCUUGUGGGCGAUGCACUCUACUUCAACAUUGAUGGCGUCAUUGAAUGCCAGCUUGGUACACUAAGCUUGUCAACGUUGGAGAAGCCGAUCGAUGGCAAUGGGACUCUCAUGAUGGCGGAAGAUGGCAGGCUGGGAUACGCUGCCGUGGUUGAUGUCACAGAUCUAACCCUGUGGUCGAGGGAGGCUGGACCCGAGGGAGCCAUGGGAUGGACAAAACUCAGGGUAAUCGAUCUUAAGACGCUACUCCCUGAUGGUGCCCUCUUUAUCACAACACAAUAUGGGAUCAGUAGGUCGCCGCGUUCAUUGAUGAUUAGUGGGAUCGCAGAGGGCACCCAAGUCAUUUUUGUGAGCACAUGGGUUGGUUCCUAUAUGGCCGAUCUCAAGUCUGGGCGAGCCAGGAUGGUCUCUCGUCCCGGCAGAAAAGUCUUCCCGUACAUGAGAUUCUACCUCCCAGCAAUGGAAGCAGCUUCCACGGGUCAGGGGUAAUGAGCUGGUGUUUCAAGUGUUUGUCAAGCUCUAGCUGGGGAUGUGGUAGUAGUGAUAGUAUUGGAUCAUCCGGUUGGCUGCUUGCAGUUAGUAAAGUUGCUGUUUCGCUGCUUGGCUGCUUGCAGUUUGAAAAGACCUUUGCAGUCACCGUGUGAUCUAGUGAGAUAUGGAAACCGGCUAUGGAGAAAGACCCAAACAUCAUGUAGAAUCCGAAGCGUGGACAGUUCUCUCGUUUUUCUUCUCUCUGUUUUUUUCCCAGCAGAAGACUUGACUUCAUCUAAAGCAGUCACCUGUGAAAGAAUGUUCCUGUUUUUCAGUCU